AUGUGGCAAGGCAACAUUCUCGUCUGGAAUUGUCAAGGCAUCACCAACACUGAAACACAAAGGGCGCUAAUUGACAUGGUUCAAGCUAAACGCCCUCAACUCAUCUUCCUCUCCGAAACCCUAGCUCAACAGCAACUUAUCGAUUCCCUUACAAACAGGCUUGGCUUUGCCGGCAACAUUGGGCAUGUAGAAUCUUGGCGCUUCACUGGCAUAUAUGGAUUUGCAGCUAGAGGGGUGCGUAGUCAAACAUGGAACCUCAUUGCACAGCUUGCUGGUGAAAACUGUGGAUUACCGUGGCUAAUGGUCAGGGACUUUAAUGAGGUCUGGUGUAGGGCAGACAAGUCAGGCGGUCCCCCUAAGGCUGCAGCAGCUAUGAAUGUGUUCCAACAAACUAUGAUGAACGCUGGUCUUCUGGAGAUGGGAUUUUAUGAAGAACAACGACGUCUUCAUCUCAAGCAAAGUCAAUUGCUUGCACUCCAAGAGACUUAUUGGAGGCAGAGGUCAAGGGCUCUAUGGCUAAAAGAUGGUGAUCGUAACUCAGCCUACUUUCAUCGGGCAGCCUCACAACGAAGAAAUAAAAACACGAUUAAGGGUCUCCAAAUUCUUGAUGGCACUUGGGAGACUAAUCCUAUAGCUCUGCGACAGCUGCUUGCAGAUUAUUACAAUCAAGUUUUUUGCUCGGAUACAAUUGAUGAUGAGGCUAUCUCUGAGGUGUUCAGGGCUACACCAUUGAAAGUUACAACUGCCAUGAAUGAUGACCUUGCCUUGCCUUAUUCUGAUGAUGAAAUCAAAGCUGCUCUCUUCCAAAUGCACCCAUCGAAAAGUCCUGGACCGGAUGGUAUGUCCCCUUUCUUUUAUCAGAAAUAUUGGCAUAUAGUUGGAUAUGACGUUUGUUUGGCUAUCAGAAACUUUUUGGAGAAAGGUGAAGCUUGGCAGGAAUCCAACUUCACUCACAUCUGCUUAAUUCCGAAGAUUCAGAACCCUACUGAGGCAGCUCAUUUUCGUCCUAUUGCUUUAUGCAAUGUUAUUUAUAGAAUUUGUUCCAAAGUUCUGGCUAACAGACUCAAAAAAUGGUUGCCCAAUAUUGUCUCACCACUGCAAAGUGCUUAUGUUCCUGGUCGAUUAAUCUCGGACAACACCCUGGUUGCCACAGAGGUAGCACACUUUAUGUAUAAACUUCGGUCCCAAGAGGAGGGUUUCUUUUCACUCAAACUUGAUAUUAGUAAGGCAUAUGAUCGCCUUGAGUGGACAUAUUUGCAAGCCAUUCUCACCAAGUUAGGAUUUGCUCCGCGGUGGGUUUCCAUGGUGAUGUCAUGUGUGACUUCUGUAAGCUACGCUAUUUUGGUAAACGGUGAAACCUCUCCUACUUUUGGCACCUUCAAGGGUUUAAAGAUGAGUCCUCAAGCUCCAGUACUCCAUCACCUCUUCUUUGCAGAUGACAGUCUUCUUUUUGGUGCAGCUACCAUAAGAGAAUGUACAGUUUUUAAAGGUAUUCUCAACAUUUAUGAACGUGCCUCUGGUCAGAAGGUAAACUUUGCUAAAAGUAGUGUGGUUUUUAGCAAUAAUGUUCAACCUGCUUUGAAGUUCACUUUGGAUUCCAUCUUGGGAGUGAAAUGUGUUUCGGAGCAUGAUUGGUAUCUUGGAUUACCAUUGAGGGUUGGGAGGUCCAAAACGAAACGAUUCCAAUACUUGAAGGAUAAGGUGUCCAAAAAGUUGGUGAAUUGGAAGUCUAAAAUCCUUAGUUGUGCCGGAAAAGAAAUUCUUAUCAAAGCCAAAGCCGUGGCCCAAGUGAUGCCUACUUAUGCUAUGAACUGCUACCUUCUUCCAAAGAUCUUGUGUGAUGACAUUCAUCAGCUUUGUGCGUCCUUCUUUUGGGGUGCCACAGAUGAGAAAAAGAAAAUACAUUGGAGAAGUUGGGAAAAAUUGUGCUUGACUAAGCAUGAAGGUGGCAUGGGGUUCAAAAAUAUUUAUGCCUAUAAUCUUGCAAUGCUUGCUAAACAGGGAUGGAGAUUGCUUACUAAACCUACUUCUUUGAUUGCUCAAGUCUACAAAGCACGUUAUUUUCCCAACUGUUCUUUUUGGGAAGCAGAUCUGGGUACGGCACCUUCAUAUUCAUGGAGGAGUAUUCUGGAAAGUAGACCUCUUUUAUUGGCAGGUGCGAUAUGGCGAGUGGGUGAUGGUACACAGAUCAAAUUAUGGGAGGAUAACUGGGUGCCUCACUGUCCAAGAUACAUGAUACAAAAACCGGAUAACAUGGAGCUUGUUCAUGUAGCGGAGCUGAUUGAUCCCCAUACAAGAACUUGGAAAAGGGAAACUAUACAAUCUCUAUUUCUUCCUCAUGUGGCAGAUAGCAUCUUAUGCAUACCUCUUAGGCAGGUUGCUACUCCCGAUCAAUUAAGCUGGAACCCAGAGAAAAAAGGUUCCUUCACUAUAAAAAGUACGUACUGGAUUGCAAGGCAACAAGUUUUAGGCCAUGUGUUAACAUCUACUUCUCAUGGAGACCCUUACUUGGAGCUUUGGAAGCGUCUAUGGAAGGCUAAGGUUCCAGGGAAGGUACAAAUUUGUGUUUGGAGGGCAUGUAAUGACAUUCUGCCUACUAGAGAGCAACUUCUCAAGAAGGGAUAUGAAGGAGCUGUGAGUUGCUUACUCUGUAAUUACAGAAUUGAAAGCAGUGCACACCUCUUUUGUAAAUGUCCUACAGCACAAACCAUUCUCUCGGGUACUCCCUUCUCUUUGCAUAACAGCUUACCACAUCCAAACUUUAAAGAGUGGAUGUUGGAACAAUCUUUGAGUCUUAAAACUGAUUUGUUUGAAAAACUACUCAUGAUUGUCUGGGGAUUAUGGAAGAACCGCAACUUGAAACUAUGGGAGGAUAAGGUACAGACCUCCGUUGACAUUAUGUUGGGCUGCUUUACAUGGUUCAUAGAGUUUAAACGUGCUAGAGACAAUCCGAAUGGUCGGGUCCAGAAGGUUGUGCAGAGGUGGAAACUGGAAAGCAUCCCCAAGCUCAAUGUUGAUGGCGCUUUUGGGGCACAUGCUUCUCAUGGGGGAGUUGGAGGAGUGCUUAGAGACUCACAUGGUCGGUUUCAGACUAUUUUUGCAGAACCGGUGCUUCAUGCAAAUUCUGCACAGCAAGUUGAGCUUUGUGCCAUUAUGGAAGGACUGAAAUAUGUUGAACUUUUGCAACUGCAGCAGGUGGAAGUGGAAGCGGACUGUCUCUUAGCAGUCCAAUGUAUUAACAAUGAUGUUGAAGAUCUCUCUGAACUUAGUAAUAUGGUUCUAGACAUUAGAACCAAAAUUAGUUCUAUGCAUGGUGUGAAACUUGUAUUUGCACCUAGAUCGUGCAAUAGUAUUGCACACAGAUUAGCUAGUUAUGCUUAUGAAGCACCUCAUCGUGAAACAUGGGAGGUCUUACCUCCUGCUUGUAUUCAUGAUCUAGUCAUGAAAGAAUUUGAAUGUGUUCGUGGCAGAACAGAUGUUCAGUGCCUUCACCUCUGGCAGAAACUCAUCUCACUUGAUCUUGUUAAAGGAUUUUGGAAUAAAGAGGAAGAUGAUCUAAUAAUUAAGUUAGUUGCAAAGUAG